GAUACUUGGGGGAUUUUUGUAUUCCCAUUAUUUUGUGAUCGACGUCUAGUUCUUGUACCUAUCACGGAAGCAUAGUUAUUAGGUUCAAAAUGGCUUGCAGAUCAGCACUCAGACCAUUAACCAGGUCUGCCAGAACUCAAUUCGUUUCGAGAUGUUUUUCAACUUCGAGUACAAUACGUCAAGCAGAUCCAUCCUCCACACAAACAUCAUCUGCAGGUGCAUCGAAUAGCGACAAUGGACGAACCACACAUUUCGGAUAUCAAACUGUGCCAGAGGCGGAGAAGGAAGCAAGAGUUGCGGGAGUCUUCAGUAAUGUUGCAGCCUCGUACGAUACCAUGAAUGACUUUAUGUCAUUGGGGAUCCAUAGACUAUGGAAAGACCACUUCGUCCGCUCUAUAAACCCCGGUUUCACCCCCCCUACCUCCUCCACUUCUACCUCCUCCCCCCAAGGCUGGAAAAUGCUCGACAUAGCCGGCGGCACCGGAGACAUCGCCUUCCGUCUCCUUGACCACGCAACCAACAUCAACAAAUCCCCCUCCUCCAGCAUAACCAUAUCCGACAUCAAUCCCGAGAUGCUUGCCGAAGGACGCAAACGCUCGCUCCAAACCUCCUACGCCCAUUCCCCCCGUCUCAAUUUCCUCCUCGCAAAUGCCGAGUCUCUCCCCAUGGUCCCCUCGAAUUCUCUCGAUCUCUACACCGUUGCCUUCGGAAUCCGCAAUUUCACAAAUAAAGAUGCUGCGUUGCGGGAAGCGCACCGUGUUUUGAAACCCGGUGGGCUUUUCGCUUGUUUGGAAUUCUCGGAUGUGACGAAUCCGUUGUUUAAUGCGAUUUAUAAACAAUGGAGUUUCUCAGCGAUACCAUUGAUUGGCCAAUUGGUGGCGGGAGAUAGAGAUAGUUAUCAGUACUUGGUGGAGAGUAUUGAGAAGUUUCCCAAGCAGGAGGAAUUCAGGGAUAUGAUUAAGGAAGCUGGAUUUGUGGUCCCUGGAAAAGGAUGGGAGGACUUGACAGGUGGAAUUGCAGCAAUCCAUAAGGGUAUUAAACCUCUGGAGAAGUAGCUUGGGGGAAUAUCUUGUUUGCUAGACAUCCGCCUUAUUAAUGCGUUGUCUAUAUGAGCUUGAAUCAGUCCGACUUUCAAGUAAACUACGUUUGAAGAUCUGUAAAACCAGCAUGUAAAAUGUAUAUAUACACGUUAUUGUACGAUACCAUAAACUCCAAAUAUCACAAUGAAGAUUCUGUAACUGGAACA